UGUACUGAGGACUGAAAGGUAAACUGAAUCUGAACAGAGGCAAAGUAGGAAACAGUAUUGAGACGUUGAGAACAGAGGACUCUUACAACUAUAGCGCGCAAUCAACAUCAGUGUUUGUCAUUGUUUGAAAAAAAUACGAUAUUCUCAGAUUUGCAAUUGGAGAAGGAAAUAGCAGUUAUUCCACUAGUUAUCCAUUUUACUGUUUUAUUGAAUUGUCUUGGUAUCAGCUUCAUCCUGAAAGGGAUGCAUUUGUUGAGCAUGUCCACCAAAUGGCCGUCCUAUGACUCCCGCUCCUCCACCCCCAGCUUCCUCCUCAGCGAGAGCGACGUGACUGAGGACGAGGCAGACAUCGAUGUCUUCACCUCCGAAAGCGAGGAAGAUAGUUCAGGGGGUGGCAAGACCUGCUCAGUACCCUUCUCCCUGGCUGGGGGUGGCGAGGCAGCCCCUAGGUUACACUGGUCCAUGGCUAGGAGUGGACAAGCGGAAUGCUUUCCCCACACCACCAUCUACCCAUCCAUGGUGGCUUCCCCUGGCAGUGCUGCAUUAAGCACAAAGGAAAGCACAGAGGAGACCAUGCAAGGAGACCUGGCCUUUGCUCAGAAAUGUUCAGAGCUGCAAAAGUUUAUCAAACCCCUGUUGGAGCUUCUGAAUGGACUCAAGACGGGGAGAUUUGAGAGAGGUCUUAGCAAUUUCCAGUCAAGCAUUGCCAUUGACAGACUCCAGAGGAUCCUGGGUAUUCUUCAGAAACCUGACAUGGGAGAAAAAUUCCUCCGCACCCUCCUGCAGGUAGAGAUGAUGCUGAAGAUGUGGUUCCCCCAUGUGACCCCUGUCGCUGCCACCCAGAACCCCACACCCAGUCUUCCUCCACGAUGGCACCAAAAUCAGCUGUGUAUGCCAGUCAAGAAGCGCAAGCUUAGCUGGUUGGACUCUGAUUUCCCCAGUGCCGCCCCACCCAGCUGUAAGUGCAUGCAGUACGAGGACAACUACCAGGAAGUGACCUCACGAGACUCUAGCCCUUUGAGCACAGACACCUAUAACCCGUCAUGUCUGACUGUCAGCAGGAAAAGAAAGGGAAAUAAGAGGCUUGACAUUUCCCCUUGCUCUGCAUGUGGCAGCCAAGCCACACAAGACAGCCGUGUCUCCUCCACCCUCCUGGUCUUUCACUCACAUCAGCUCUCCCUCCAUGGACAUCAGCCACGGAGAUGCCACAGCGGGCCUGGCACAGUGAAGACACAGACAGAUAUUACAUCAGUGGGAAUCCAAAGGAGGAGUCAGUCUAUCCCCACAUUACUAAGGUCUAUGAAACAAGAGCUGGAGUGGAGCACAGGCACAUAAAAGUGGACAUAAAACGAAACUCUGAACUCAUUGCACAUUUUGACCAUCUUUCAUCCACUUUUGUCUGUGUUAAUUUUUUUAAACUGAAAUUUACCUGGGAAUAUUUUUUUUAAUAGUUGAUAUGAUAAGGCAGUGUUUAUACUGAUUAAUUUGUAUUUUAUUUGAGACUUAUCAACAAAAAUUGACAUGCAGUCCAAUCACAUGAAAUACACUAUGCAGAAAUAUUAAAAGAAAAUAACAUGGCUCAAGAUUGAUGGAAUACCUCUAACCUAACAUCAACUCACAGUUAUGAUAAAGUUAUCAAUAGUAGUAAAGCUUAAAACAUGGACAAUACAAUGAAAAGCAAUACAAGAACCUGUUAAUCCUUUAGCUGAUGCAGCACAGGGAACUGUGAAAAAGGCAGCUGAAUGUAUAUGGCUUGCUAUACCACUUCAUUGAUUGUAAACAAUGCCAUACAACUGCCACUAAACCACUGCCAACAAGUGGCAACAAAACCAUUGCUUUAUUACACACAGUUUAAUGUAUCUUGACUAAAUCCACCUCUGUAAAUAUUACCUACCCCAAUAGCAUACAACUGGAAUGACAUCAACCAUUAAGAACUACAAGAGAAGAGAAGAGAAAUAACAACUGUUAGAUUUAUGGUAUUACUCAUAAAAUAGGUCUGUUUGAAAGGGUCUGUUCUUGAAAACCCUGGAUGCAGACUAGAGCCAGGGAUUCCCUAUUACAUUCUAAUUGGCUUAAUGCUUUAUAACUUUAUUUAUUUUAUACUAUACAUUUAUCAUCCUUUACUGUUUAAUACAUUUGAUGUCAGGUUUUUUCUUCUAUGGUGUGAAAAGAAAAAUAUUUUGAGUAAUACGUCAUUGCCCAAAAACUAUUUGCACAUGAGUAUUUUACAUUCGAUAACAAAGGAAAUUGCACAUUAUUGAUCAAUGUUACUAUUGUGACGACGCAAAACACCUCAUUUUGAAUCUUCUAGGAGGGUUUCUAUUGGAUUGGGAGAAAAUCCGUAAAAAUCUUUCAUUGGGUAUUUGAACUACAAUGUUUUUGCUUAGCAAAUAUCAUUCAUGUUGAAUGACACUUUAUCCCUAGCCACUUUCAGAGAUUCUAGAUGGGAGUAGCCAGGAAACCAAUAAUAGCUGGGUACUGACUUGAUCUACCGACUUAAAUAACAUAUUGGGCAAGAAACGAAUACAGGACAACUGAAACGUCACAUGAUUACCAUACUGGUAGUAUGUGUUAUUGAUCCUAACCAUGCCAGGGAAGGCCCAGGUCGAGGACAGCAUAGGAGAGAGAUCACUGCAGCAGUAAAUACAGUUAACUGUUGAGGCAAUGCACAACCCUUCCUAAAAGCUGGUCAAACAUCAGCCGAUUGUGGAGUUGUUUAUUUAGAUAUUUCCCUUAAGGAAAUAUUGCAAUUUCAUGUGAUGUUUUUGGUGUAUGUAGCCUAAUACUCCUGCUUAAUUAAUAGUGUCCCGUGUGGCUCAGUUGGUAGAGCAUGGCUCUUGCAACGCCUUGAGAAGCGUGUCUGCUAAAUGACUAAAAUGUUUAAAAUAUAUAUAUAUAUAUAUAUAUAUAAAUAAAAUGUACAUUUCCAAACAAAAUAGGGCGUAAGUUUUGCACUUUUCUCUGUUUAUCAAAAUAGGACAAAUGGUUAGGCUGAGAAGGAUACUUCACUGUUUUAUAUUAUCUUCCUUUAUUCAAGUCAUUUCCUUUGCCUCCUUCCUACCUUUUACCCAACACCCUCCAUCACAUUUUUGGGUUGGACAUAAUUUUGUUUUGGUUACACACAAUGUACUUGUGCUUCAUAUUUUAUAUAUAAUUGUUUGAGACCUACAUUGUUUUUGAUCAAUGGUACCCUUUUUGCUCAAAUAAAGUAACUCUUUGGUUCAUCAGAACUUGA